CUAAUCUUGCGGCGUGCACUUUUUUUCUCUCUCACGUGCCGGUGGGUGAAGGCAUGCUUUACGUCCGUGAGCUUGUCUACUGUUGCAACUCAUCACCAAGAUCAUUUGGGACACCGCAAGGGGCAAACAGCCAAAACAAAUGUUGGUAAAUUUCUACUGGCAACAGCUAGGAGGGCUGACUGUUACUACCUUGACUCUUCCCAUUAGACUACCAGCUGUGCUGGGUAAAUAACAUCGCCGCGCUUCUUUCAGCAGGGAAUUUUUUUCUAUAAAGUGUUAUUUGGCAACGGCUCGCCUCACCUUCCGAGGAAUUAUAUUUUGAAAUGGAUUCUUCGCCCGAAGAACAAGAUCCCAUGCUGGCCGGCGGUGGUACUGACUGAACGAGCCCCGGGGCUGCAUCGCUCCGCCCGGCGUGUGGGCUGGGCAGAAACCCGCCCUCGAGACCCGCUAAACUCCAAUAGAUACAAGUGCCAAUCACGCUCACGGAGUCUGUGGAGGAAAGAGAACAUUAGUAAGAGGAAAUCACGCCAACCACCGGCACGAGUCCGUAGCUUGGAGGUAGAAGUUAAGUUUCCUCUCUUCAACAGUGUUUGUCGUCGGCUACAGAACUGUGAUCUAAGAAGACUGAAUGUGAUUGGAGUCUUGUUGGAUGUCCAGUGAAAACACCGCAUGCGAUCGAGAACUUUGGCGGCAGGGCAGCGAUAACCUACCAAACCUAGGUCAUUCUCGAUAAGGUGACCAUUUUUUGCAGGUCUUUCCACUCACGUCACUUUGUCAGAGUUUGCAGACUCUCGCAACUUGACGUCGUCUGACAGACUGACGUCGAUCCUCAACCCAUCAUCAUCGCCUGACCAUCUCGUCGUCAAGAUCAGCCUCCAUCAUUCGCAUCCCUCAGUCCUACACGCAGCACGGGAUCUGUAACAUUUCUCUUCAAGACUACACGACUGUAGGUUUACUCGCUGAUGACGAGUUUGCGGUUUUUAAACUCACCUCUGUACUUUAUCGAAAGGGAAAAAUCGACCCGUCGACUUGACUUUUUUUCCCUUGAAAGUAGGUCUUCCAAUCUGCAGUCCGCAAGUUGAGUACGGAAAUAACACUGUCACCGGGUAAACAUCAGGUGUCACAUAAAAACGUCCACGGAAUAACUACUCCACGAGAAUAAAACAUAACUCAGCUAGAUUUAGUGGAUUGGGGAUCGUAUAAAAGGCCUAGCCGGCUAUACAUCACUCAUUCCAAGACUUCAAACUCAAAAACUUACCGAGUGUUCUUUUCUAACUGCUACGUAUGUUGUAAAAACCCCCACGGUGAGUGUGGAACCUGUUCUGAGAGACCACUCCGAGUAGCGGAUAUUCCAGUUGACGUAAUCGGGAGUUUCGUCUUGAUUCAGCGGGUGGCGCGGCACUAUCUCCGCGGUAACAUGUGCUGGCCGGCCGCAGUGAGGUGCGCGCUUGUGAUCUUGGUGAGCCUCAGCACGCUAAGACGGGAUGGGAAUGGGGCAAGCGCUAUUUACACCAGUAACGACAUGUCCAAGCAAUCGCUGGCCGAUAACCGACCCGGAAGCAGCUUGGACGGCAGCGGUGGUGGGGCUAACGGCGAGCUCUCCCGGUCGUCCAGGACGAUCUGCCGAUCGUUUCCCGGUCUGACGCGCAAGCAGCUGCAGCAGUGCCGACGGGCUCCCGACGUCGUGGCAUCGGCCAUCAGCGGCAUACGGAUUGCCGUGGACGAGUGCGCCAACCAGAUGAGGGACCAGCGAUGGAACUGUUCCAAUUUGCAGACGAAAAACGGCAAUCCCUACACCAACGUCAUGAUGACGCGAGGCUUCCAAGAGACCGCCUUUGCCUACGCUACCAUUUCCGCAGGAGUCCUGUACCAAGUGACCCGGGCCUGUAGCAUGGGGCAGCUCCGUACCUGCGGCUGUGACACGCGCUUCGUUGGGGACGAGGUGGACUUCCAGUGGGGCGGCUGUAGCCACGACAUCCAAUUCGGCACGACCUUCGUGGAGUCCUUCCUGGAUUGUAAAGAGAAAGGACGAGACAUGAAAUCAAAGAUGAAUCUCCAUAACAACGGCGUUGGUAGAAUAGCGGUUGCUGAGUAUGCUGUCAAGAAAUGUAAGUGUCACGGUAUGUCUGGCAGCUGUGAGGUUAAGACGUGUUGGAUGCAAACGCCCCACUUCAGCGAGGUCGGGGACAGACUGCUGGUGAAGUUUCACGAAGCCAAACAAGUGGUGGCGCGCAACAACAUCGGUGGCAACCUAAGGUUGGCCGACGAUCCCACGCCGGUGACCGCCGACAGCCAGCGGCGGCGAAGGCGCAAGAGGCCACCUUCACCGCCCAAGGAUCACUUGGUGUUCCUGGAGGAGUCACCCGACUUCUGCCAGGCCGAUCCCGGCGUGGGCACCCUGGGCACCAAGGACCGGUAUUGCAACCGGACCAGUGACGGCCCGAAUGGCUGCAAUAGUAUGUGCUGUGGGAGGGGCUACAAUAUUAAGCUAGAGAGGAAGACGGAAUGGUGUAACUGUAAGUUCCACUGGUGUUGCCAGGUCAAAUGCCGGCAAUGCAGCCAGUCUGUCUGGGUCAACACCUGCAAAUAGAGCAGUCAAGAUGACAUGGUCCUUUUCAGUCGUCCAAUGACUCAAGUUCGAAUCCCACCCGCUUCACCAUCGGGAUAGGGUUUGUGUACGACUGGACCACGUGGAACUUUUUCUUAUUUUUUCUCUCUGGGGUUUCCCUCCUGUUGGGUUUCCCUAUCCCGUGUUUUAAACUGACUUGUCGUCAACGUUUCCUCUAGAAGGACUCUUUGUAUAAAGCCAGCACAAUAAACUCUGAAAAUGAAAUAACUGAAUGACUCUUGCUUUAGUAAUAAGCGAAAUAGUGUUAAUACAUAACUGUGAUUUUAAACCCUUUUUCAAAUCACGAGAAGAUACUUUUUGCAGUUAAGUACAACAGAAGAUACAAUGCUUUUCUUCUCUGUUUUCCUCUUUGAGUUUAGAUUAAGGGGAGAAUCCAGAAACGGAUCCCAGUAAUUAUCCCACCUUUUGAAGUUCGUAGAGCGCUGAAAAAAAAAACUUGGAGAAUAGAAUUUCGAUAUCAGUUCCUUUUUGGGAGCUUGUAUAAAACUGAAAAUUCGGUUAAGAAUAAUCAGAUCUCCGUGGCAAUACAUUUGGUAAAAUUAAUUAAAAUUAAUAAGUUUUAUUAUAACAAUAUGUUCAGUUGCUUUUAAAUGCAAAAGCCAUGGAAUAUUUAUGUGUGCGUCCGAUAUAAUAUAAUAAUCUAAUUUUGUGCACGUUUUAGCUUGUAACAUAUGCAUGUGGUUAGCGUGUGCAGCGCCGAUUGUGCCUUCCAUUUUGAGGUCUUCCAACAAUCUUAAUAAUUUGAAUAACGGCAACUAAUUUAAGUCACAGUUAAGUUGUAUUCGUAGUGUUUUGCGUGAUUUACAGGUUUUCUAUGAACAAAAACACUUGUAUCUUGUUUGAGCCGAGAGAAUUCCCGCCUCAGUCGGUCUCAAAUCUGGUUACUUUUAAAAUUUCAGCACUGUGUAUACAAGGGCAGAUCCAGAAACAAUGUUUCAUGAGGCCAAAAUUGUUUUAGAGAGGGGGAGGGAACCUUUUAUUUUCUUUCUGAGGGGUGAAGCUGAAUUUAAAAGAGGCUUUUUUAAUGUGCAUUUUGGAAGGAAAGGAAUUAGUCCUUUCAAAUCAGUGCAUUUCUCUCAUCAUUCUUCAAAAACUUUUUUUUUAAGUCGGGGGGGGGGAGAGAUGGCUCCCGAAGUCUCCUAGAUCUGCCCACUCAGAUACCGCAAGGGCAUUUUACUGGUUAUUAAAUUACUAAGUAAAUUGUUAAUUGUUAAGACAAAGAGCCACUCACGCUAGUGUGCCUUAUACGGAGUGUUAAUUCUAGUAACUGUUUUUCAUGGCUGAAUGCAUGUAAAUAAUGUAAAUACAGAAACCCGCUAAGUACAUAUUUUUCAAAAGGAAUGGAUUCGAUGUAUCAUAAGAAAUGGCUUGAGUCUAAAUUAAUACCUUUAGUGUGACCAUUAUUUAAGUAAAAUAAUGACUGAUAACUUGUAGAUUUUUGAUUUUCAAUGAUUAAUCUGUUUUCGAAAUCCCUCUUGCCAAAUAAAUAUUUUGCUUGGGUGUUUCACAAAAAUGUUGUGAUUUUGUGGCAGUAGAAGUGUUUGA